AUGCAGAUUGUUACGAACGGCACUUCUUCAAGAUUACGAAAGAAAGCACUACAAGACCCAAAAUAUAGUUUGGCAAACAUGUUAAUCGAUGGACGAAAAUACGAAACUAGUUCAGCUCAAGCCGUUGGGAUCGAAGAACAAUUCAAAACAAGGGAAAAUAUAAAUGCAACGGCUAUGGCAACGCCCACUGAGAAAAAGUGUUAUUACUGCCGUUGCAAGUAUCCACACGACAAUCAACCGUGCCCAGCGAAGUCUGCUAUUUGUAACCACUGCGGAAUAAAGGGACACUUCGCUAAAGUAUGUCGAACACGAGGAAAAUCUUUCGCAAGUAAGGGAAACCUUGAGAAAUUACAAACGCAAGGUUUUACCUCCCCAGACAAAAGGCGCCAAUCACGAUGGGAUGAGAAUAAACAACGAAAACAACAAGCAAAGGUUGUCGGAAUAUCACAAAGCGAAUCAAAUACUGAAAGCUCGGAAGACGAGGAUUAUGUUUACACAGUAUCGCAAGAAACGAGAGAGAAAACACACACGACCGUAAAAAUAAAUGGACAGGACGUUUUAUUUUUGGUUGACACUGGCGCGACUGUUGACAUCAUUGAUUCUACGACAUACGCGAAUUUAAAGAGAAAAAGUUAAUUAUACGUAAAAGUUCAACUAAAAUCUACGCAUAUGGAUUUCACACACCUCUGCCUCUAAACGGAUCGAAUCGAAAAAGCGUUAUACCGUGUCGCAAAUAUAUGUAAUAGACGGUGCAGGAGGAAAUUUACUAAGUGCUAAAACAGCCCAAGAUUUGGGCUUGGUCCAGCUAAUUCACACAAUUUCCGGUUUCCUGAACAAGAUAAACAAACAAAGAAAGACAAAACAAAACAAUACCCACAGCACUGCAUGCGAGACCAAUCCAGAAAUCAACACAAGUGUUCCUCAAUCAAAAGACCCAAAAAUACAAGAAAUCAUAAACAAAUAUAGUACAUUUUUCAAGGGGCAAGGAAAAUUAAACAAUCAACAAAUUAAACUUCAUAUCCGAGACGAUGUCAAACCAGUUAUGCAGCGGCAAAGACGUAUACCAUAUCAUGUGAGAAAUGAUGUUUCUAAGGAACUAAAGAAACUAGAAGAGCAAGACAUUGUGGAGAAAGUCGCCAAUCAACCAACACCAUGGAUAUCUCCAAUAGUCGAUCGUCACGCCAAAGAAAGACGGAGGUAUUAGACUAUGUGUAGACAUGAGCGAAGCAAACCAGGCAAUCGAAAGAGAGAGUUACACAAUGCCAACUUUACAAGAUUUUAAAGCUGACGUAAACGGAGCAAAAUUCUUCUCAAAGAUUGACCUAAAGCAAGCAUAUCACCAGCUCGAAUUACACCCGGACAGUCGAUUCAUUACAACGUUUCUACCCAUGAAGGACUGUUCCAGUAUAAAAUAUUAAAUUACGGUACGAACAGUGCAGCCGAGAUAUUCCAAAAUGUGCUACAACAAAACCUUAGCGAUAUCAGAGGAGUGAAAAACCUGGUGGAUGAUAUUAUUAUUCAUGGUAAAACCCGAAAGUCACACGAUGAAGCACUAGAGAACUGUCUAAAACGGCUAGCAGCACUAAACUUGAAAGUGAAAGGGGGAAAAUAUGAAUUUCUACAAGACGAAAUUACGUUCUUUGGAUUAAAAUUUACAGCAGCAGGAACCAAACCAGAUCCAGAGAGAAUUGAGAACAUGGUUAGAGUACCAGCUCCCAAAACUGCUGGAGAAGUUAGAAGUUUUCUGGGAAUGGUCAACACACUUGCCACGAAUACAUUCCAGAUUAUGCAACUAUUACAGCACCUCUAA